AUGGUCAAUGAUACACUAAAACAGACCUCUUCAGAUUCAGGAAAAAGACACCUAAGAUCAAAAAGCCGGGGAAAAUCAGUGCCCCCUACAACAUAUAUCUUUGACUUCGAUCUUUUGCAAAAUAAUGUCGACUUUGAUCAGCCGUUUGUAGUUGGCUUAAAAAUACCGGAUGAAAAAAAAUCAUUAAAGGAUCAGUCUUUAAAGUUCCAACCAUCAUCGAUUUCCUCAUCUUCGUCUUCAUCUGGAUCUUCGGUCGCUUCAGGAGAGUCGGAAAGUGUACCAUCUUCAAUUCAAACACCAGUCUCCCCGGCUGAUCCUUUGCCUCAAGCAUCAGUGCAAGAAAAUAGAAACAAUCAGCGAGUUGAGUUCAAGAUAUUUUCUUAUGCUGGAAUAUCUACUGGACGAAGACACACACCUGAUCCGCUGGUCAAUGCUACGUUUGAGCCCUUCCACAAGCACAUGGAGCGGGUUGAAAAAAGAGCCAGACAACAAGAACGUGAACGAAGUGUCAAUGAGCACGAGAAACUUAAACAACUUAAACACGACCUUACUGGCCCGUUAUGGCGGAGCAUCUUACCCACUGUGACAAAAAUAAAUAAUUUAAAAGACAAAGUGGAGAUGGAAACAAAAUGCAAGAAAACCAUUAACGAAAUCAAUUUUUUUAUGGAUAGAUAUACCAAAUAUCGGCAGCUUGAAAAGAAAAUGCAACUACACAGUGUGGUUUCAUACGACGAUGAUGAACAUGCAAGCGUAGGUAAUAUAUCUAAUCGCCGUGAUAAAGUGGAGAAUAUAAGAAAUGAAACAAAAAAACAAAAGAUCCAAAAUACACCUAAACGACGAAGUGUUGGAGAUUUUGUUUCAGAAACCAAGGGGGUUGUGCACAAUACAUAUGAUCCCAAGGAACCUGGAGUUGAUUAUGUAUCUAGUGAAGACGAAGAAGAUCCAAACGCACCAGGACAGUGGGAAUGGGUCUAUGAUGGGUACGGAGCGGGAAUUCGGGCCAAUCAAAGGUGA